AACUGUGACAUUGCGGCUUCCGUACUAUGGACUACUACAGCCACAACAUCAACUAACUACCUAAACCUACUUUUACAAUCAUUGUUGUCAAAUAACUUCAAAAGUGGUAUAUCUUCAGCGUGUGUCACAUCCUAUCUGGACGAAAUAGCAUAAAAUAGGUAUUCGCAACAUGCUAGCUAUAAAUAGUACGCUUGAUAUGAAAUUAAAAUUAACCGACAAUCAGCAAGCUGGCUAACGUUAGCUAGCUCUGACAGGACAGCUAGCUUUCUAGUUAGCUAAUGACGUUAACAGUUUGGUUGUGAAGUUGCCGAGGUUUUACAUAGUUUUGACGUAUUACUGAAGGUUAGUUAACUAGCUAUAAUUGUCUAUAACCGGUUAGCGUAGCUACAAAUGAGUAGCUAGCUAGUGGCUCAUUUCAGUUUGUCAAAAAUAUUGUUGCAAAAGGUAGCUAGCUAGCUAGCAAGAGAUAGGCCACUCGCUACUAUGUAGCCAGUUUAAUGCUGUCUGGUCAGUUCGGCGCUAUAUUGUAAUCAAAUCAGUGCUAGAGAGAUCAGCAGCAGUUAACGUUAGUCUGUUGUAGUAGGCAAUAACAUCCUAAUGGACACCGUUAUCUAGCUAGCAACAGACGUACGAUUCUGGUUUAUUAUUAGUUCAGUGUUAGCUAGUAUUUUCGUUUUAGUAGUAGAUUAGGCAGAACAGCGGGAUGUCUAGGGGAUUAAGUCUAGCAAUGAUAUUGUUUAGAAAAUAAAACGACAAAACUAUGUUUAUAAUGCAUGCAACGGCUCCCAAAUUAAUUCGUACAUAAGGCUACAUUUGUUAUUUUCUUUGACUACAUAAAAUCUAACGCGGUUAUUAUACAAAACACUUCAGCUAAAUCGGUUUAUUUAUUUUGAAGAGUAGCCACAUAAACAUUUGAAAUGUCUGGAGACGGCUCGGAUAGUAGUAGUAGCGAGGACUCCGAUACUGGGAUCCGGAGGAAAGCCUGCACUGUCAAACAUGAGAUCACCAAUGCGAACCUCACGGGCCAUACUGAGAGAGUGGGCAUGGAGAACUUUGAGCUUCUCAAAGUCUUGGGCACAGGAGCCUAUGGGAAAGUGUUUCUGGUCAGAAAGAACAGUGGUCAUGAUGAAGGGAAGCUGUAUGCCAUGAAGGUGUUGAAGAAAGCAGCCAUCGUUCAGAAGGCAAAGACUGCAGAGCAUACACGUACAGAGAGACAGGUGCUGGAGCACAUCCGCCAGUCCCCGUUCCUGGUCACACUGCACUACGCCUUCCAGACCCAGACUAAGCUCCAUCUUAUCUUGGACUAUGUGAGCGGAGGGGAGAUGUUCACACACUUGUACCAGCGAGAUCACUUCUCUGAGGAAGAGGUGCGGAUUUACAUCGGGGAGAUUAUCCUGGCCCUGGAGCACCUCCACAAGCUGGGCAUCGUGUACCGGGACAUCAAGUUAGAGAACAUCCUCUUGGACAGCGAGGGACAUUUAGUGCUGACAGAUUUUGGGCUCAGCAAAGAGUUCCUGGAGGAGGAGAAGGAAAGGACGUAUUCGUUCUGUGGCACCAUAGAGUACAUGGCUCCAGAGAUCAUCAGGGGGAAGUCUGGUCAUGGAAAGUCGGUAGAUUGGUGGAGUCUGGGGAUCCUGAUGUUUGAGUUACUGACGGGGGCGUCACCAUUCACCUUGGAGGGGGAGAGGAACUCCCAGAGUGAGGUGUCCAAGCGCAUCUUACAUUGUGAGCCGCCGUUCCCCUCUAUGAUCGGCGCCGUGGCUCAGGACCUGUUGAGGAAGCUGUUGGUCAAAGACCCCCACAAGAGACUGGGCUCUGGGCCCCGAAGGGCCGAAGACAUCAAGACUCAUGCCUUCUUCAAGGGUCUCAGUUGGUCAGACCUGGCUGAGAAGAAGGUAGUCAGCCCAUUCAAACCAGAGAUCAGGAGUGAGCUGGAUACAGGAAACUUUGCUGAGGAGUUCACUGGCAUGAAUCCUCUCUACUCUCCAGCCAGCACCCCACCAAGCACUGAUCGACUGUUCCAGGGCUAUUCUUUCGUUGCUCCCUCCAUUCUGUUCAACAAGAACGUGGUGAUGGGGGACUUCAUGGAGGGCCAGAUGGGAGCAGAGCGACCGGGAUCAUCCACUGUCCGUCGCAGUGCUAUGUUAGCGGACUCUACGUUCUUCCAGCUGUAUGAGCUGUGCCUGCAGGGGGCGCCCCUGGGCGAGGGCAGCUUCUCUGUGUGCAGGAAGUGUCGACACCACCAGAGUGGCCAUGAGUACGCCGUUAAGAUCAUCAGCCGCAGAAUGGAAGUGAACACUCAGAGGGAGAUUGCUGCCCUCAGGCAGUGUGAGGCUCACCCCAACAUUGUCAAACUGCAUGAGGUCUACACUGAUCAGUUCCAUACGUACCUGGUGAUGGAGCUGCUGCGUGGGGGGGAGCUGCUGGAGAGGAUCAAGAAGAAGAAGCUGUUUGGGGAAUCAGAGGCCAGUCAGCUGCUCAGGAGCCUUGUGUCAGCUGUUGGCUUCAUGCACGAGGCUGGAGUGGUGCAUAGAGACCUCAAACCAGAGAAUGUGCUGUUUGCAGACGAGGGGGAGGACUCGGUGCUGAAGGUGAUAGAUUUUGGUUUUGCCCGGCUGUGCCCUGCGGGCAGCGCCCCCCUGCAGACUCCCUGCUUCACACUGCAGUACGCUGCUCCUGAGCUCUUCCACAGCACCGGUUACGACCAGGCCUGCGACCUCUGGAGCCUUGGGGUCAUCCUGUACACCAUGCUGUCAGGACAGGUGCCCUUCCAGAGUAAGCAGCAGCAGCGAGCGGGGAUGACCUCAUCUUAUGCUGCUGACAUCAUGCAUAAAAUUAAAGAGGGAGACUUCUCGUUGGCUGGAGAAGCCUGGAAGGGUGUGUCAGGGGAGGCUAAAGAGCUUGUGAAAGGGCUUCUGACGGUGGAUCCAGAGAGGCGUCUCAAGCUAUCUGCUCUGAGAGAGAACAGCUGGCUGCAGGGCGGGGCUAUCCUAUCCUCCACCCCCCUCUGCACCCCAGAUGUGCUAGAGUCCAGCGGCCCCAUCGUCCGCUCCUAUGUCAACGCCACCUACAAGGCGUUCAACAAGGGGAAGAGGGAGGGCUUCUUUCUGAAGAGUGUUGACAACGCCCCCCUUGCAAAGCGACGCAAGCUCAAGAUGACAAGUACAGGUGUGGAGACUCGACGGAGCUCCUCUUGCUCAUCCUCUUCUUCCUCUUCCUCAGCUGCCUCUGCCGCUGCAACAAACUCAAAAACACAGCCACCACACCAAACUCUGCCCCCGAAGCUAGAAAAGCACUAGAAGGGGAGGAGGGGGAAGAGUGGGAGGAAUAAAGUUAGAAGAAGGAAGCACAUUAAUUCAGAUAUGACAGAUUGGGAUACUGUCUCUGAAAGACCAGAGAUGACUUGAUUCGAAUUCCAAAGUCAUCUAGAAUCUCCAAAUUCUAAGUCUAAGAGCUUAUUUAUGAACCAACUAAGAGACUAGUUAAAUAUUUAAGGAUUCACCUCCCUGUUUUCUAGAAAGACGAUGCUUUUUGCAUUGUCAUAAUGAUGCAAUGACUUUAUCUAUAUGUGUUUAUACCAUUUGCAGUAAACUGCAGUAGCUUGUACCAUCUCAUUAAAUUUUCUCAAGAAAUUAACUAACAUGUAAUUUCUUGAAUGGAAAUAAGCUUUAGACCAGUGUUUUCAUAACUCUGGUCUAGAGGAUAAAUAUCAGUAUGGUAGGUUAUGGAAGACUAUUGGCUUUAAGGUCAUACUAAGGAAGGUUUCAGUCACCUUGCCAGUGUGAUGAUGAUGAGCAUGCAGUUAUCCUGAUGUUAACAUGUUCUCAGUACCAGAGGAAGGGAGGGAGGCAGGGUGGAGGGAGGGAG